UGGUCAAGGGAUAUGUAAUGAUGUGUAUCAGUGUUCAUGAGCUUGGGGUGUGUGUCCAUGUCUGUGUCCAUUUCCAGGCUUCAUGAGCAGCUGAAUGAGUCGGAUGAUGCGGCUCAGUGUUACAUCAUCUACAUCCAGGAUGUUUUCUCUUGUGGGGAGCAGUUGGAGCAUGCGGAGGUGAGCACAGCACUGCGUUAUCUUGGUCAGUACUACUUCAAGAACAAACUGUAUGACGAGGCGUCAAUGUGUGCACAACGCUGCUGUGACUACAAUGAAGUACGUGAGGAGGCAAAAGCUCUACUGCGUCAGAUCUCAGCUGUACGGGAACAGGGAGAAUCAUCGUCUGAGCAGAGUGUGUUUAAUCCACUGAACACAACCACACACACACUACAGAGUGUGUUCAACACCACCACCACACCCAUUAGGAGAGUGUCACCUCUGGACCUGUCCUCCAUCACACCCUGACACACACAGACAUAGUUCUCACUUUAUCAUGUUAUUAUCCUUAGCGACAAACAACGCACACAGGGAAAAAUACAGGAAGAGGUGGUGGUCUGACUUUCA